AAAACAGUCCUCAAAUGGCUGCGAAUGGACCCGCGCAAGUUCCAGCAGUACGUAAUGCAUCGCGUAGGAGAAGUGUUGGAGCUCACCAAUGUCGACCAAUGGUACUGGGUCCCAUCAGACUUAAACCCUGCUGACAUCGCCACUAAGACUUCGAGUUUCACUUCCAUGCAUAAAUGGUUUGAUGGCCCGGAGUGUCUUCUCCAGGAACGCUCUCGUUGGCCCACCUGUACCGACCUAGGAGCCCCAACCAACAUCGAAGUGAAGCAGGUAUUUUUCGUCGCUACUACACCACUGGACACCAUCGUGAACGUAGGACACUUUUCCGACUGGCGGAGGCUAUAUCGAGCGGUAGCAACGUUCAUAUUAUACAUCGAAAAGCUGAAAGCAACAGCGAGGAAAACGCCUCCGAUUACGAGCAUUAACGCCGAGAUGAUACGCCGCGCUCAAACAACACUGCUACGCUACGCGCAAGUAUCAGAGUUCCGAAAAGAAAUAUGUUUACUCUCCAAAGACGAUGACCAGUUGCUACGGAUCCGAGGGAGAGCUGAAAACUUGUGCCCCCAACAGCAAAUAGUACUCCCUUACGGACAUUACGUAACACGCCUAAUUGUUAACUGGUAUCACCGUCAGAUGCACCACACCAUGCACGAGGCCUGCAUCAAUAGGAUUCGUGGCAUUUAUUAUAUACCACGCUUAAGAGUUUUAUACAUGUCAGCCCGACGAGCAUGUCAGCUCUGCAGAAACGAUAAUGCCUCCCCUAAACCGCCGCUAAUGGCCCAACUUCCCAUUGCUAGAGUCGCCGCUUUUCAACGCCCAUUUACCUACGUUGGAAUCGAUUACUUUGGACCAAUUCUCGUGACCGUUGGCAGGAGGAAGGAGAAACGAUGGGGAGUGAUUUUUACCUGUCUCACGGCAGUGCAUCUAGAAAUAGCUCACUCCCUCGACGCCUCGUCAUGUGUAUCCGCAACUUCUUCAAUCGCCGCGGGACACCUAUAUUGAAGACAACGGCACUAAUUUUAAAGCUUCCGAGAAGGUGAUCUGCGAGGAGCUUCCAAGAGUUGCCUUCGACGAAGUGUACACAUCGUUCGACACAAUUAAGUGAAGCUUUAACCCACCAGCAGCGCCUCAUAUGAGGGGAGCAUGGGAGCGCCUUAUAGGCUCCAUAAAAAGGUUCCUGUCCGCCAUCUGCUCAGCGAUGAAGUUUACUAGCGAGAGUCUACAAAGCGCACUUUGGGAGAUCGAACUUAUAAUAAACUCAAGGCCGCUCACAUUCGUAUCUCUGGACACCAACGACGACGAAGCCAUCACACCCAAUCAUUUGCUACUGGGAUCAGUAAGCGGAUAUAAGCCCAUCUUCGACAACAAUCUCUCGGUUCGAUGCAUGUGGCAAUCAGCUCAACUAUUCGCCGACCAUUUCUGGAAACGAUGGGUCAGGGAAUAUGUUCCCGACUUAGCUCGCCGAGGGAAAUGGUACGCCAAGCAGCCACCUCUAACGAUUGGCAGCGUCGUCCUCAUAGUGGACGAGAACUUACCACGAAACACGUUGCCGAAAGGAAUAGUCACCGAUGUGGUCUUAGCCAAGGACCAGCAA